AUGAGCACAAAUAAGAGACGCGGGCCCAGCAGUUCCAGUUGCGCAGUUCCAGGUGUUCCUGCGCUUGUCAACGUACCGACCGCCAUGUCAGCUGACCUGGCCUCUUUAUUUGAAUGCCCUGUUUGUUUCGACUAUGUCUUGCCACCGAUCCUCCAGUGCCAAAGUGGACAUCUUGUCUGCUCAAGUUGUCGGCCGAAACUGUCCUGCUGCCCAACCUGUCGCGGCCCUCUUGGAAAUAUUCGAAACCUUGCCAUGGAAAAAGUCGCAAGCAAUGUCAUGUUUCCCUGUAAACACUCUAACACUGGCUGUACAGUAACCCUUGUGCACACUGAAAAAGCAGAGCAUGAAGAAGCCUGUGAAUUUCGGCCAUAUUCCUGCCCUUGCCCUGGAGCAUCUUGUAAGUGGCAAGGAGGACUAGACCAAGUAAUGCCACACUUAAUGAUGUCACACAAAAGUAUAACAACUCUUCAAGGUGAGGAUAUUGUUUUCUUAGCUACAGAUAUAAAUUUACCUGGAGCUGUUGACUGGGUCAUGAUGCAGUCUUGUUUCAAUCACCAUUUCAUGUUGGUACUUGAAAAGCAAGAAAAGUUUGAUGGUCAUCAACAAUUCUUUGCAAUAGUACAACUUAUAGGAUCUCGAAAGGAAGCUGAGAAUUUUGCAUACAGAUUGGAAUUGAAUGGACAUCGUAGGAGGUUAACAUGGGAAGCAAUGCCUCGUUCCAUACAUGAAGGUGUCUCAUCAGCAAUUAUGAAUUCUGAUUGCUUGGUAUUUGAUACUUCCCUUGCGCAACUCUUUGCAGAUAAUGGUAACCUUGGUAUAAAUGUUACUAUCUCAAUUGCCUAA